AUGGCACAACAGGCACAACCACAAAAUGUCAUGCGAAGGUAUGCCCUCCUCUCCACCCUCCCAACAGCGACGCGCGGCCCGCCAAGUACAUCUUGUUCCGCCCAACUGAUAAAACUAGUAAUAAUCGGCGACGGCGCCUGCGGCAAGACCUCCCUCCUCUCCGUCUUCACCCUCGGCUACUUCCCCACCCACUACGUUCCCACCGUCUUCGAGAACUACGUCACCGACUGCCGCGUCGACGGCCGCUCCGUUCAGCUCGCCCUCUGGGACACCGCUGGUCAAGAAGACUACGAACGCCUCCGGCCCCUUGCAUACUCGAAAUCACACGUCAUCCUCAUCGGCUUCAGCGUUGAUUCGCCAGACAGCUUAGAAAACGUCCGGCAUAAAUGGAUCGAAGAGGCGAGGGAGCGAUGUCCGGAUGUGCCGAUCAUUUUGGUCGGGCUGAAGAAGGAUUUGAGGGAGGAUCCAAUGGCGAUUGAGGAGAUGCGGAAGAAGAGCUUGAAGUUUGUCACGGCGAGGGAGGGGACGGAGAUGGCGCAGAGUUGUGGCGCGAGGAAAUAUCUGGAGUGCUCGAGUUUGACGGGGGAGGGCGUGGAUGAUGUGUUUGAGGCCGCGACGAGAGCGGCGCUGUUGACAUUCAAUGAUCGGAAAUCUGGUGGUGGGUGCUGCGUUAUUCUGUGA